UUCUUUCUUUCGGGUCAGUCGUUAUUAUUUUAAUAAUACAAUACAAUAUAAUACGGAAAUAAAGAACGAACUUUUUGUAUUCAGUUAGAGAGUAAGGAAAAACUAAAAUCAUAAAUAGCAUUUACAUAAUCUGACUUUUAUUAUUAUUAUUAUUAUUAUUAUUAUUAUAAGGGAAAAAGUCUCGUUGCAGUGCUAAGAAUAUGAGGAUGUCCCAGCCUUUUAAGGCAUAAACUCACAACAAUAACGUCAUCGUGUACUUACUGCAGCCUAUCGAUAUUCAAUAAUACCUCUAAAGAUCAAUUUUUAUUCAUUUAAAACACGAAAUUGUGAUUAAUGUUAGCUUUUUUUCUGAGAGGUUUCCUUUUGUCUUAACUAAAGGCUUAACUGUUAUAGGCUACUGAAAUAUUUAAAUUCAAAGAAUGUUUAAUUUAUUUAUUUGUUUUUAUUAAUUUGGUAUUACACUGACACUAGACACUACAUUUUUUUUUAUGUAAAUCCGUUCUAUAAUCGUGUUAUAUAACUAACGUUGCAUAUUUCAAACAAGAGGACAACAAAAGCAACGUGGGCUGGGCUGAAUUUUAAAUGUUAGUGACGUGGGUGUAUGUUCUAUCUAAAUGAUUCAUGUUGAGUUUAAAAUUUAUCUUUUAUCUAUUUACAAUUCAUGCAUUGUUUUAUUAAUAUAGGAAAUUGCUUGUUUUAUAUGUCCAGUGCGGUUAGAUAAUGUAUUGUUGAAGCAGGUUUUCAUGAUGAUAUCUCUAAACAGUCUACGUUGACUAUGUUGCGCCUCUGCAGAAAAUUGCACUGUAUUUAGAUAUACCACGUGAAAGCCAUUAUGACCGAUAGAUAGAUAGAUAGAUAGAUAGAUAGAUAGAUAGAUAGAUAGAUAGAUAGAUAGAUAGAUAGAUAGAUAGAUAGAUAGAUAGAUAGAUAGCGUAUUGCAGUUUUGUCUAAUUGGAUAAUUUAUUUAUUUAUUUUAUUUUUUUCAGCAAAAGAGUGCGCUCUAUGCGUAAACAUCUGUAUCGUACGGUAUUAUUUAAUUGAUAAAGAGGGUAAAGGUCAGUAUAAGUUCGAGUGAAAGUCCGUCUGGGCUUCAUUGAAAUUCUCUUGUACACAGUUAGAUGUCUGCAUACAAAUUUUGAACAUUUUGAGCAACUGACAUUGAAUGAAGUCAACGUCGAAAUUAAAAUGACGUGCAGUUGCAAACAUAUUUGAUGUUUGCAGCAUGUUUCGAUUGAGAAAAUUAGAAAAUGUGGAGGGGAAAAUUAAUUAUUAUAUAAACAUUAAUUAUAUAAAGUAAUUAUUUAUUAAAUAUUAUUGCAUUUUAUAUAGGCCUAGAUGUUUUUUAUUUCGGUAAACGGAGAAUAACACUUCAGUCUGAGUGUUUUGAUAUGCCCUGGGGAUUCCAUUCAGUGCAACAAGAGGGCCCCCACCUUACACGUUAUCCUGUAGUCAGAAGCGCUCAGGAUUGGUCAGGCCCUGGUCAGCUGGUCCGUUUCCCCGCGGUCUCAGAUUGGCACCUCGCCACCCCCCUUCGGCUAAAACCAAAUCUCAGAUAAAGUAAUGGCAAAAACCACUUGGACUAUAAAACACAACAAAUCAUAACACUCGGACAAUAACACUGGCCACCCCAUGAGUUCCUAUUUCGUCAACUCAACUUUUCCCGUGUCUCUACCCGGAGGACAGGAGUCUUUCUUGGGUCAGAUACCGCUAUAUUCCUCUGGAUAUACAGAUCCUUUAAGACAUUAUCCAAGCGCUACGUUCGGAGCUACCAAUGUCCAGGACAAGGUUUACACCUCCUCGUAUUACCAGCAAGCUGGGGGCGUUUUUGGGAGAAGCGGAUCCACCAGUGCUUGUGACUACACAACACCCAACAUUUACCGAACCGCGGACCGCUCGUGCGCUAUCGGAGGUCUGGAAGACUCGCUGGUCCUAACCCAGGACCAGUGCAAGACGGACUGCACUGAACAGGGUGCAGAGAGGUAUUUUAACAGUGAAGACAAACCGUGUACCCCGGUUUACCCGUGGAUGCAGAGGAUGAACUCGUGUAAUGGAAUGCCUGGCAGCACUGGCCGCAGGGGUCGUCAAACCUACACUCGGUUUCAGACUCUUGAACUGGAAAAGGAGUUCCACUUUAACAGAUAUUUGACCAGAAGACGAAGAAUUGAAAUAUCGCACGCUCUGUGUUUGACGGAACGACAGAUAAAGAUAUGGUUCCAGAACCGUAGAAUGAAAUGGAAAAAGGAGAAUAAAGUGCUGAACUCCGCAAAGGUCAGCGAAGAGGAGGAUGGUGGAAAGGCGGGAUAAAUAAAAAAAACAGCUUACGUCGAAGCCCUAGAAACACUGUACAUAACAUGUAGCCUUUAGUUUUAAUUAAUAAGUACUGGUCUGUCCAACAAGAAAAAAGCUACCCUAAUAAGUGUUAUGUUGACAUAAAAAAGCUUCAAGAGAAGACUUUCUUUUUCAUUAAAACAGGCGUCUGAAUCACCUCUGUAAAGACGGUAAAAGAUAUGGGAGGUGCUUAUAUAUUUUGCUCUAUUUGGCCUAUCUAAACUAAUGAGACAAAUGUUUUCUUGUUGUUUGAACAUUAUAAUGUCUAUAAUUUGAAAGAAAACAUAAAUUCAAAGUUUAAAACUUUGGGAUUGGGAUUAAAGGUCUUACAUUGAGAAUGUAUUUCAGUCCGUUGUGUGCUAGAAAAAGAAGAAAAUGGGACAUUUUGAUGCUUAAUUUAUUGGGUCGUCACUUUUGUGUUUGUGUAUGUGAAUGCACUAAGAGUAGCCUAAAAUCAUACUUUGUUAGCAAUGUCAUUUUGUCAAUAAAAUUGAUUGUUUAACAAUUAAUGUGGUUUAUUUUUAUUUAUGUGUACUGGGAAUCUUCUAUUGUAUAAUGAGCCAGAGACAUUUCAUAAUCAGCCUUUGCGCUGGUGUAAGGCACUCUUCAAGACACAAAAUAUUUUAU